UUGCUGCCGCAGCUGUUGGAGCGCACACGGGGAAGCGGAGCGGAGCGGAGGCGCGCUCUGAGGAGACUAUGUUGAAUCUGGCACUGCGGGCUUUUUAGAAACACUCAUCAGAAGCGAUCACAGAGUUUCUGGUUCGGCAUUAAAUCCGGGAAUGUUGUGGUUUUCUCUCUUAGCAAGGUCGGUUUCUAGAGAACAGUAAAAGACACCGCUCAUUUACCAUGAGCUGUUUGGAUGUUAUGUACCCAGCCUAUGGACAUUACGCACCGUACGCACCGACUGCUCCUGCUUUUAUCAACAGCUUACAGGCACCCGCUGGUCUGAGCAGCGCUUCCACUCACUGCCGGGAUUUUAUGGACACUCCCAGGGGUCCCGAGGGGAUGUCUGGGGGCCCGGGUACCGGAGGAUCAACUUCCUCCUCCUCUUCUUCUUCGGCCUCCUCUUCUUCCUCUUCCUCUUCUUCCUCCUACACUCCCGCAGCAGCAGCAGCAGCUUCCAGGUCAGAGGAGGGGCCCAAAGAGAAGCAGGAGUCCCCCGAGGCAGAGUACCUGACCUCUCGCUGUGUCCUCUUCACCUACUACCAGGGGGACAUCAGCAGUGUGGUGGAUGAGCACUUCUCCAGGGCCCUCAGCUCCUACAUGGAUGGAGAGGGCAAGCGGAGGGCACCAGACCAACAGGGAACAGAUACGCCUUCACCCAGCAGUCGGCGAAGCUUCCCCCCAUCCUUCUGGGACAGUAACUACUCGUCGCCUCAGAGCCGUUCCCACUGCGAGACAGGAGCACCUUCCUAUUCCAUGGACCCAUACGCGUCAGGGCUGCACCCGGGCCUGCCCCACCCGCACGCUCACCCUCACCCACACGCUCAUCCUCACUCCCACCCUCACCCACCAGAGAGCUGGGGAUACCCGCAGGCCCAGGCUUACGGGCCGCCAAGGCCUCUCCAUGAACUGUACUCACCCUCAGCCUUGGAGCCCCACUACGGGCCUUUGCUCAUGCCCACAGUGCGACCGCCUCACCUGCCCACCAUGGCAAGCCACUAUGAAGUGAGCAAGUUGGAGCCCACUGCCUCCUGGCCCAGCCUGCUUCCACCUGGAGAUGUGAGCCAGACGCUGGCUCUCAACAUGGAUGCAGGCCUCCAGCAACACAAGAAAGGCAAAGAGCUGUACUGGUUCUAACGAGGCCUUUAGUCACAUUGACCAGCCAUUACCAGAUCCAAUUAGUCUCUGGACCUGCUCCUCUAUUGAAGCAGCGUGUCCCUUUAUCCCCCCCAACCCUCCACCUACCCACCCACCUACCCACCAGCACCACACACACACUCCAACCGCCCCCCCCCCCCCAUCAUGAAUACCCCCCCCACCCCCACCCCCCUCCUCCCUCUCUGUGCUCCUGGCCUCCCCUGCCAGCGUACAGCCUUGCUCCAGAUCGACGUGUGUGCACCAUGGAGAUAAAGCACAGAGACAGAAAAAGAGAGACAGAGCGAUGCCGUCUAUAAUCUGGGCUGUUGCUCUCUCUUUCUGUCGCUGCCGGUUUGCAGCACUGAACCUUGGCGAGGUGCGGGCCACGGUGACCUGUUUGGACUGGAAAAGACAGGAUCACAACAGACUUGUAGAGGACAGAAAGGGAUGAAUGAAGGGACGGAGGGAUGAAGAGCGGCGAGCAGGGAUUCCCUCCAACGUCCCUGGUUAUCUGUGUCUCAUGCUGCUGUCAGUAUACGGUGGUCGUCAUCAUCCACUUAUAUGCAUUUCAGCUGUUUCUGCUUUGUGACUUUCAUCAUGAGGCCUUUUUGUUGGUUAUUACUCUCCCAAUUUUCCUCUCAGAAAUAAAGCGUUUCUAUUUAUUGGUGAUUUAUAUGUGCAUUUUUUUUUUUUUUUUUGGAGAAAUGUUUGCUUAUAGGCCAGUGUUCUGAAAAUAUUGUGGUAUUGUGUUUUCUAAAAGAGGUUGUUGGAGAUGAACAUACCAUGUGUUUUUGUGGUCAUCUAUCUAUGAAUGGAGUGGAGAAUAAAGAUCAUCUCUCAAAAAAAAAAAACAUAUCAAAUUUUGCUCAGUUGAAUAUGUAUUUGUUUGCUCUAAACAGAC